AUGUCAAAGAAAUCUCAUUCAAGUUUUCUUAAUGAAAAUGACGGAGUUUCUUCGGUAACGAACUCCAUAGAGAAAGAUUCUCUGUUUUUCGGUAGUUGCAUAGCGAUAAGUCCAGACAGUCAACGAAUUAUUACUUUUAGUCAAGGUGAACGUACUUUUACACUUGGAAGUGGAGUUAAUAUUAAACAUGGUAAACACCUUUGUUGGUCUUUGGCAAUUUCAAAUUGUGUAGACGAUGAUGAAAUUGAACGUUUUAUCGCUUUAUCUUGUUUUGAUGCAAGAGGAUUCCGACAUGAUGAAAUGCAUGGUGAUAACGAAAAUGACUUAGACUUUGGUGAUAAAGUUAAUAACCAAUAUCGUGAUGAUGAAAAUGACUUAGAAUCUGGCGAUAAAGUUAAUAGCCAAUAUGUUGAUGACGAAAGUGACUUAAAAUAUGGUGAUAACUGUCUUCGACCUCAAACAUGGGUUAUCUCUACUAAAGAUAGUGAAAUAUGUACUUCUCUAGAAUUUGGUGGUGUUAUAAGAUUUCUCGAUAGGGAUGAUAAUUAUGAUAGUGAUGAAAGCGACAGUGAGGUUAGUGAUAAUAGUGAUCAUAGCGAUGAUAGUGAAAAUCCAUUAAAAUUAAAAAACAAAACAGUAAUUAUUAUUGUUAAUGCUUCGGGAAUUUUUAAAGAAACUAUAAAACAAAAAAAAAGAAAACAAGGAUUUUUCUUACGACCAGCCAAUACGAAACAAUUCGAAUUACCCGAACAACUUUCAAUUCGCCUUUCACGUGAUCAUUGGCAUAAUUCAUUAGAACUCUUACACAUAAGUAUUAUUAAAAAUCAUUUUAUGGUACAAUCUUUUGAAAAUCGACAACAAAUCAUUGAAAUGUAUAGUUUAAUUACUGGUGAUCUAGAGAUGUUAUUUAAACGUCAUGAAUCUUCGUUAGCUCCUAACAUAAUUCAUGGUUCACCUAUCUUUGCCAUCUCUCAAAAUGAAAAAAUUUUAGCAUUUUGUCGGGGAACUACCAGCAUUACAUUAUACUUAAUGGAAAAUGGUUUAGAAAUUACAACUAAACAAUUAGAAGGUCAAAAAGGAAGCUAUAAAAUUAUUGCUAUAAAUUUUAUUGAUAAUGAUAGCAAACUUUUAAUAGUUCUUGAAGAAAAAAAAGAUCGACAUCGUGAAAAUUCUGAGCAUCAAAUAUUUGUAAUAUGGGAUUUAUUUACCACAUUUGAAAAUUCCAUACGUCAAAUUGAUUAUUCCGAAACUAGGAAUCCCUUAAAAAUGGAUAUUACACAUAGAUUAAUGAAUCAUCCCGGAAGCAUGUAUGCGGUUAGAGAUAGUGGAGAUAUUAUUUCAGUAUUAGAUCGUGAUGAUGUUGAAUCAAUUAGAAAUCCAUCAGAAAGGAAAGAUAUACUAAAAAUUGAUUUGAAGAAAUUUAAGAUGAAUGAUCUCGACUAUCAUGUAAUUUGUACUAUAGAUGGGAAAAUAUGUGAAAAAGAUCAAAUAAUUAUAAGCAAUAUUGAACCAUGGCAUCCAAACAAAAAUUACUUUCGAACAUCAAUUUUCUUGGAUUCUGCUAAAAGUACUCAACUAAUUAUUUCGAGUAACACUAUACAAGUAUGGAAAUAUCGCAAUAAUAACAAUACCAACGAAAAACGAGAUAAACGUCGUAAUCGAGAAUUAGAAUACAUCUGGGCUCGGAAAAAUCCGAUGGAUGUUCAAGAACUAAGAAUUGGAGAACGAGAAUUCGUGUUAGAAGUUUUAAUACCUUCUACUAAACGUUUCACACCGUCAAAUUUAAUGACGAUACAUUGGCCAAAUAAUAUAAAUGUUCUUGAAGGGGCAUGUCAAGCCCUCUAUGUUUUAAGCGAGAAGAAACAUAUUGUGACAGGUCAUGAAAAUGUUAAUCAAAUUAAAUAUUUAAUUGAAUGUACACAGAGAUUAGUACGAAAAUAUAUUACAAAGUAUGGAAUAUUUAGAUUAACUAGUAUUAGAUAUCCAAUUAUGAAAUAUCUUAUUAAAAGUUACCAAGAAAGUUUAAUCAAACAUAUUUUAAAUGUGAAAAUUAAUAAUAAACAUAGUAAUAUAUAUAUACCGAGAUUAUAUAAAUGGGCGGAUGAGAAUAAUAAUAGAUCAACAAAGUCAAAUUUACAUCAUGCUAUUUUAUGUAUUCAAAAAAGAGGAGAUCCUACAGUAAUUUUAAAAUAUUUAAUAGAUUGUUAUGCCGAUAAUGCUAAAGAAUAUAAAAAUUAUGGUUGGAUGUUUACCGUAAGUAAAGCAAUACCUUUAUUAUACGAUUAUCGUUUAAGUGAAUUUGUUCAAUAUUUAUUUAAAAAACCAUGUUUUGGAAUUACUGAAGCUUACACUCCGCCAUUACACAUUAAUCCUUAUGAUCAAAAGAAAGGAAAUAAUGCAUCUGUGAUUCAUUCUUUGGUAGUAAAACCGCGUCUCGCAUCAAAGUUCCAUAAUCCUCUAUGGUUUUUCUUAGAAAACUUAUUUGUAAGGUUCGAAGCUUCGCAUAAUGAUCGUAAAGUUUAUAUAGUCCCAUUACCUGAUUUUACAGUAUGCCCCAAAGACUUCAAUCCCAAAGCUCAUGAAGAUCAUAGUGAAAAUUAUUCAAAAUAUUUACUAUUUAAAUUUUUUCGAAUAUCUUUGUGGCCACGUAGAAAAGUUAUUAAUAAUACUAAAGAAAUGAGUCCUUUCCUACGCGUUAUUCAUGAAGAGAAAGGUUAUGAAAUUUAUCAAACACCUACAAUUAUGGCAGUCUUAGAUUUUAAAUGGUCAGCCGCCCGUCGAUACUUUAUUCGUCAUAUCUUUAUUUAUAUAUUUUAUGCUAUUUCCUAUACUGUAACAAUUACUUCAUAUUCUUUUAAGGGAGAAUCAAAAAUAGUUAAUUUAUUUAAAGUAAGCUCAAAUAUAUUAUUAACAAUUUGCGUCUUAGUAUAUUUAUAUACUGGAUGGUAUUUAAUUGUUACGGAGAUUGUGCAAUUUAAAAGAGAAGGUUGGAGCAGAUAUAUGAAUGUUUAUAAUAUGUUUGAUCUAUUAUCAGUAUUAUUACCGUUAGCAGAUAAUAUAGCGAGUUUUUUACAUGAUCAUCAAGUAAUCAUUUUGCAAUAUUCAGUAUUUAACUCUGUUUUAGCGUUUACAGCUUUAGUUAUGUGGCUUCAAUUGAUUCCUACUUAUAAAAUUAUUGACACUUCGAAUCCUGGCUUAUAUUCAAAUAUUACAAUUUAUCAGAAUAUUGAUAAUUCUUCCCGAUUUGAUAAUUACUAUUCGGAUUUAUUCUCAUCAGUAGAAGCUGUAUUCUUUUGGAUUAAUGGACGAUGGGAUCAAUUAGACCAAUGGAAUAGUUACGCUGUAAGUGUAAUAAGUAUAUUGGGAAGUAUAACAUUAGUGUUAAUUUUCCAAAAUAUGUUGAUCGCAUUUAUGAAUGGUACAUUUGAUAAGGCAAAUAAAGCUGGUCAUACAGUAGCUCAUAGAUAUCGUGCUGAACUUAUUGCUGAAUAUGAAGUUUUAGAAAAAACUUUUCAUAGUAAAAAAGGUAAUCCUCGAUAUAUCUAUUAUAUACCUGAUCCCGAUAUGAUUGAUACUUGGCUUACGGAAACAAAAAAAGUUGAGAAGCAAAAAUUACGUCUUAUGGAUAAUUUAUCUUAUUCAAUGAAAUAUCAACAUAUACGAAAUGAUGAUUCUGAAAGUACUAUGAAUUUGGAUUCUAUUGAACCUGUUACCAUUGAUAAAAUUUCAGUUAUUGAUGAAGAAAUCUUUCUUUUAAAAGUUGUUACUUCAAAAUUGAACAAGAAAUCACAAAAAUCAAACGGAAAAUUGUUAAAGAAUAAUAAAUCAAGCAAUUAUCCUGAUCCUGCUACAAAUGUUGAUGAUCAAUUAUUGAUACAAGAAAGAUUUAAUAACUUUGAAAUAAGAUUUAAUGACUUAGAACAAAAUUUAAAAACUAUAUUAAAAACUUUAAAUAACCUAAAUAAUGAUUUUUAA